GCCGUCUUACCUUAUGACAUGAUAUCCAUCGAGUGUAACCCGAGGAUGAGCGGGAGAUAUAUGAGGAUAGUGUUAAUAACGGCAUCGAGUGACGUCCUGACACUUUGCGAGGUGGAGGUUUAUACUGAUAACUCAAUGUGUGGAGGACAGGCCAUUGGCAUAUCUGACAGUCACGUGAUCUCCGACGCUAAGCUGACCGCGCUCCAGUCAGUCGGGAUUUCCCGCGAGUAGUGGUAGACUGCUGAGUGCGAGCGCGUGGAAGCCUGUGUCCUUGAGUAUUGACAAAGAACCUUGGAUUAUGGUGAACCUCGGCGCGAAGUAUCACGUGUGUGCUGUGGGGACUCAAGGGAGUCCAGUUGAUGGCGACAGAAGCACAGUGUACAUGAUAGUUUACUCACUGGACUGGAGGAGCUGGACAAUCGAAAACAUUGACAAUACAGGCAACAGGGAUCAAAACACCAUUAUAAAGAACCCCCAGUCAAUGUCUGCGAUGUUUAUUCGAGUUAGGCCUCGAUGGCGGUCAGGUCACCAAUUGUUCGCCCUAAGGAUGGAGGUGUAUGGCGUCAGAGUAGCAUGUACAGCUCCAUUUGGAUUAGAAAACAACACGAUACCCGAUGGUCAGAUAUCCUCCAAUUCAUUCGAGUCCAGCCACCCUGCCAGUCAAGGGCGCUUGUACGGAGCCUCGUCCUGGUGCAGUGUGACGUCAUCAUCCGGGUACCUGCAAGUGGACCUGGGUACGAGGAAGACGGUCACGGGGAUAGCGACACAGGGUGACUACACUGGAGAUAACUGGGUGACUAAAUACAAGGUCCUUCACAGCCAUGAUAACAAGCUAUGGAUGGAGACUCAAUCUGCGGAGUUUGAUGGUAAUAGUGACCGAGAUAAUGUGAAGGUGAACUGGUUUACAAGACCUGUUGGCGCACGUUACAUUCGCGUCCUUUCGACUGCCAGCAACGGAGCUACCUGUAUGCGGAUGGAGCUAUAUGGAUGCAACAGAUACGUCGCAGUAAAAGUUGCACCAAUGAGUGACAUCGUCCUACCUGCGUCAUCCAGUGGUCACGUGGAUUUACAAUGCCUAGCACGUGGAUAUGGCAUGGAAAUCACGUUGCGAUGGACGUUGACUGAAUCUGACGUUACUCAUCUCUCCGGUGGUGCCAGAAGAAACAACACUCACGCCAUGUCUUCAUUUCGAUACAACUUCACAAGCGCAGAAGCUGUAUUUGACGCAUCUAUCUGCACUCUCCCAUCUUCUGGUAGAGACGUGUCUUGUAAAAGUCGAUUUCCGUACAGAUGCAUCGCCUGGUAUCCAACGCUUCCUGGGGGUGUUGUUGACUAUAAAGAGGCCUUUGUCACUACCACCUUAAAGUUGCCUGGGAAACCAUUUGCAGUCAAAUCAACCGAAGUCACAUCUCGAUCAAUAUCUUUAACAUGGAGUUCCCCUGUGAAGGAAGAUGGUGAGCUGAUGACGACAUCGUACAAGAUAGAGCUGGUCGCUAAGGGAACGAUAUACACAAGUUCUAGCAAUCAGUUGGCAGUGACGGGUCUCAAGCCAUACACGGGCUACAGGUUCAGAGUAAAAGCCGUCAGUUCAAGAGCAGACGGAGCCUGGAGCGAUGAGGCGCAUAUUGUUACGGAGCAGGAAGGAACUUGCGACACCUCUCCCUUAGGAAUGGAAAGUGGCGCUAUUGCAAACAAUAAAAUAACAGAUAAAGCAGGAGUGAUGGUGGGAGACCAAGCGAGGCUUGGUUACACAGUCGGUGACUCGUGGUGUAAGAGCAGCAGCGAUGACUUCCUGCAGAUCGACCUCGGUACUCCCCACAUCGUAUGUGGCGUGGCCACUCAGGGGAAUCAUCCCCAGGACCAAUGGGUUAUCAGUUUCAAGUUCACGUAUUCAACAGAUGGAACAACAUAUAGCUUUUAUGAAGAUCUUGCUGGAAAUCAGGUGUUAUUUGCCAACCAUAAUCGGGAUGGAGUCGUCCAUCAGGUCUUGUACAAAGAGCUGGUCGCCCGAUAUGUGCGUAUUCAUCCGACAACAUUACAAGGCAAAGCGUGCAUGAGAGGAGAGCUGUACGGAGUCAAGACCAUUACAGAAAAUAUCGCAUUGAGCAAGCCAACAAUCCAGUCAAGCACGGCAUGGGGUGGCGUCCCAUCACGUGCUGUGGAUGGCAACCGUAGCUCUGCUUAUGGUGGGGGAUCAUGUACACAUACAAAUGAUGAAGCCGCGCCCUGGUGGCAAGUGGACCUCGGGUCAACCAAGUCCAUCGCUGAAGUACUCAUAGUCGCCAGAGGUGACUGGGGAGUUCAACGCCUUUGGAGCAACACUUUCGAGCUUCUUAUUGGUGAUCAGUCAAAUGGGUCGAAUCCAAAGUGUGGCGACAGGCAUGCCGUCUUACCUUAUGACAUGAUAUCCAUCGAGUGUAACCCGAGGAUGAGCGGGAGAUAUAUCAGGAUCGUGUUAAUAACGGCAUUUGACCCACUGACACUUUGCGAGGUGGAGGUUUAUACUGAUAACUCAAUGUGCGGAGGACAGGCCAUUGGCAUAUCUGACAGUCACGUGAUCUCCGACGCUAAGCUGACCGCGAGCUCCAGUCAGCCGGGAUUUCCCGCGAGUAGUGGUAGACUGCUGGGUGCGAGCGCGUGGAAGCCUGUGUCUUUGAGUACUGACGGAAACCCUUGGAUUAUGGUGAACCUCGGCGCGAAGUAUCACGUGUGUGCUGUGGGGACUCAAGGGAGUCCAGUUGAUGGCUACAGAAGCACAGUGUACAUGAUAGAUUACUCACUGGACGGGAGGAGCUGGACAAUCGAAAACAGUGACAAUACAGGCAACAGGGAUCAAAACACCAUUAUAAAGAACCCCCAGUCAAUCUCUGCGAUGUUUAUUCGAGUUAGGCCUCGAUGGCGGUCAGGUCCACCAUUGUUCGCCCUAAGGAUGGAGGUGUAUGGCGUCAGAGUAGCAUGUAAAGCUCCAUUUGGAUUAGAAAACAACAAGAUACCCGAUGGUCAGAUAUCCUCCAAUUCAUCCGAGGCCAGCCACCCUGCCAGUCAAGGCCGCUUGUACGGAGCCUCGUCCUGGUGCGGCGUGACGUCAUCAUCCGGGUACCUGCAAGUCGACUUGGGUUCAAGAAAGACGUUCACGGGGAUAGCGACACAGGGUGACCACACUAGAGAUAACUGGGUGACGAAAUACAAGGUCCUUCACAGCCAUGAUAACAAGCUAUGGAUGGAGACUCAAUCUGCGGAGUUUGAUGGUAAUAGUGACCGAGAUAAUGUGAAGGUGAACUGGUUUACAAGACCUGUUGGCGCACGUUACAUUCGCGUCCUUUCGACUGCCAGCAACGGAGCUACCUGUAUGCGGAUGGAGCUAUAUGGAUGCAACAGAUACGUCGCAGUUAAAGUUGCACCAAUGAGUGACGUCAUUCUACCUGCGUCAUCCAGUGGUCACGUGGAUUUACAAUGCCUAGCACGUGGAUAUGGCAUGGAAAUCACGUUCCGAUGGACGUUGACUGAAUCUGACGUUACUCAUCUCUCCGGUGGGGUCAGAAGAAACAACACUCACGCCAUGUCUUCAUUUCGAUACAACUUCACAAGCGCAGAAGCUGUAUUUGACGCAUCUAUCUGCACUCUCCCAUCUUCUGGUAGAGACGUGUCUUGUAAAAGUCGAUUUCCGUACAGAUGCAUCGCCUGGUAUCCCACGCUUCCUGGGGGUGUUGUUGACUAUAAGGAGGCCUUUGUCACUACCACCUUAAAGUUGCCUGGGAAACCAUUUGCCGUCAAUUCAACCAAAGUCACAUCUCGAUCAAUAUCUUUAACAUGGAGUUCCCCUGUGAAGGAAGAUGGUGAGCUGAUGACGACAUCGUACAAGAUAGAGCUGGUCGCUAACGGAACGAUAUACACAAGUUCUAGCAAUCAGUUGGCAGUGAGGGGUCUCAAGCCAUACACGGGCUACAGGUUCAGAGUAAAAGCCGUCAGUUCAAGAGCAGAAGGACCAUGGAGCGAGGAUGCGCAUAUUGUUACGGAGCAGGAAGCUCCAAGCUCAUCCCCAGAAGGCCUAACGGUCGGCCAGAGCGAUGGUAAAACACACACUAUUACCUGGAGUCCAAUCCCACCCAACCAAAGUAAUGGCAUCAUCGUAGUCUAUGAAAUCACGUGGGUUAAAGUAGCCAAUAGAACGCGAAGUCGUCGUUCCCUUGAUGCUGUGUCAUCAGCAAACACGUCAUCUACGUCAUACAGCCUGAUGGACCUGCUGCCGUGCUCAGUUUACAACAUCAGCGUCCGUAGCUACACUAUAGCGGGCCCUGGACCCUUCACACGGCCAUUGAGUCUAAAUACACCCGGUCGGGCAGCUGUAAAAGAUGUCACGGCGGUCCAAGAAGAUGAUAAGGUUAAUCUAAGCUGGAAGAAACCGGAUCUCGAUGACAUUUUAAGCUACAAGAUUUUCUACUCGGGUUCCAAGUCUUAUGAGCGCUCUUUCAAGCACCAAGAGACCGAAGAGCAAGUGAGCAGAACUGCUACCACCAGAGAGAUCUCGGGGCUCGUGCCGGGCACACGCUACGAGUUCAAAAUAAGAGCACUGACUUUGUGUGGCGACGGAGAGUUCAGCAACACAGCAAUUGUAGAUACGGAAAUAAAAAAUCCUAAAUCCCCAAAGGUAUUACAGGAAUUCAAAAUAUAUGGGGCUUCGUCAGGAAAAGCAAACAUCACCUUGUGGCCGGCAGAGCAGACCAAUGGACCUAUCAGUUUCUAUCAGGUUAUUGUGUCGGAUAGGACGAAUGGGAAACCUGUUGCAAGUUUCUCUGAACUGGAUAAGAAUCAGGAAGAGUCUCCCGACCUGUACAUUUCUGCUCAGAUUGAUUUCGCAGCAGUUGGUGCAUCAGGUUUUGCGUUAACUCUUGGUGACGGAAAGCUCUAUGGUGGCCUUCCUAACAAUCAGCUGAAAGAGGGAAAGACUUACGAAGUCUUCCAAAGAGCAGUGACAAAAACAGACAAGAAACUGUACAAUGGUGAAAAGGCCUUGAUUGCUACCGUUACUACCAAAGUUUCUGCAAAAUCGCAAGCAAACAAGACGAGUGGGGUAGGAGGUGAAGUCGCUGCAUAUGUGCUGGUUCCUCUCUUUAUCGUUAUUCUUAUCAUCGUGGCUGUCAUCUUUUUUAUUAAAAGCAGAAAAACUCUUAACAGUAACAAUAACAGCACAUGCAAAUCGCGGGAUCAGCUUGAUAUUGGUCUAUCGGACUUGACGAUAGAUGGUCAUGUGAACAUCUUCCACAACCAAGGAACAGAUGUGAACAGUCAAUCCAAAAGUACCUUUCAGGCUGAUUGCAUUAUCUACAGUGAGCCAGUCGACGACAGCGCGCCGGGACUGAUUCCUGUGGUGCAGUUUCCUGAGUACAUGGAGCGAGUCAGUCGGAUAAGCUACACGUGUCUCAAUGUUCAGUUUAACAAAAUCACGAAUGCUGGGCGGUCGUUCACAUCACAUGUAGCAAAACUGUCGCAUAACAGAGCUAAAAAUCGCUAUGGGAACAUUCAGGCCUAUGACCACUCCAGGGUCAUGCUUCGUGGAGCAGGUAGUGGCUGUGAUUAUAUCAACGCAACUUACAUCAAGGGCUUUGAUGGAACUCCCAAAACGUACAUAGCUGCACAGGGUCCUCUGGAGUCUUCAUGUAACGACUUCUGGCAGAUGGUGUGGCAAGAGAGGUGUCCAGUCAUCGUCAUGCUCACGGGGCUGAUCGAGGGGAAUGAGUUAAAGUGUCAUCAGUAUUGGCCGAGUACAGAUGAACCAGCCGCUUAUGGGGUACUUACUGUCUCACUUAAGAAGAAGGAAGAGUUUUCUGAUUACACUGUCCGGAGUUUGUUACUAUCAAAGCAAGGGACGUUGAAAGAGGUACGGCUCAUUCACCAGUAUCAGUUCAAGAGCUGGCCGCACAGAGGGGUUCCCCAACAAACAGCUGCUUUAUUGAGAUUCAGGAAGAACAUCAUCAACCGGUCUCCGCAUGUUCCAGAGUCCAGGCCCUGGAUCAUACACUGCAGUGCCGGAGUUGGCAGAACCGGCAUAUUUCUUGUGAUCGACGCGAUGCUUCGUCAGGCGAAGGAAAAGAAGGUUGUGGACAUCUACAACUACGUGUAUGCAAUCGAAGGAGACAUACCGUAUAUAAUUCAAACAAAGGAUCAGUACGUGUUUAUCCAUCAGACAAUUCUAGAAGGCUUAAUUGCCGAAAACACACGAAUCAAACGACCGCAUUUACAUGGCCAGGAAUCGUCAAUUUAACCUGGAAAAGAGGGUGUCAGACUAUGCGGAAUAUGAGGAGCAGUACAAGAUCUGCUGUGACGUCACCUUCGAUUGGAUUCUGCCAACAUUAUUAAAUCGUUGUUUGGAACCUUAUAUAUUAAAACCUCGUUCUGUUUUACAUCAGUAAGCAAACAGGCUGCUCAAAACGAUAAUGCUAUUGUCUGGUGGUUAUUUUUGAAUUAUAAAAUUGAAUAUCUUUGAAAGUUAUUUUGCAUGUUGCUAUAAUUCUACAUAUGAGUAUAUAUACCGUAUUUACUCGAAUAAGCGCCCGGCGCUUAUUAAAUUUUUCGACUCUCAGAUGGGGCGCUUAUAAUUCGGGGGAGGCACUUAUUCGAGGGUGGUUCUUAUUUGAAACGGCAAAUUUCGCACAGAAGGCCAAAGAUGUUUUUAUUCAUUGAAAUAUAAAUCUAAAACCACUACAGUAGUUUCUUUUCUCUAUAUCAUUAUUACAACUUGAAGUAGGUUUUUUCAUUGAACUUUAAUCCAUUAAAUAUUUGUUUCUUUGUUCUCCAGGGUAUAUGUGCUCCAGUGCUUUCUUAGAACUACAUGCAUGGUAGUCACUUUACUCAGUUACAUAAAACCUGGGGAGGGGUCGCUUAUUCGAGGGAGGCCCUUAUUCGAGAGAGACGCUUAUUCAAGUAAAACGGUACUAGUAAUUGUUAAAAGCAGAUCAAGCACAACUUCUGUACCGAAUAGGCAUUUGAACUCUGGUGUUUUAACAAUAAAACGCUCGAUUUUGAAA